GUUCUGACGAACCGCCACGGUCAUAUAAUGGCUGCGUUAUACCUCGUCCUGACUACUCAGGCGUUCCUUGACUUCUUGUUCACACCUUACCCAACUUAGUAUUCUGUUCAGUCAUUUCCUGCGAACUGUUUCUACAACAUCGUCGCAAUGUCACCUUCGAUACUACUCCUCAACGAGAGCGAUGUCCUCGACAGAGAGGUAGCUGUCUCCAACGGCACCGACUCGCAGAAGCUCGUCAAGUCUGCGGUUCUACACCGCACUCUCCAUCACGAUCCCCACCGCGUCAUUGCAUCACAAGGCCACUUCCUCCAGCUAAGCAGUGGACAAGAGAUCUUCGACGCAACUGGUGGUGCUGCUGUUGCAUGCCUAGGACACGGCGACGCUCGGAUCCAAAAUGCUCUCAUUGAGCAGAUGCGAGAGGUGUCAUAUUGCCACUCCCUCUUCUACGCUACGCAAGCCGCCGAAGAUCUCGGCAAGCUCCUGGUCGACAGCACAAGCGGCGAGAUGACACGGGCAUUUGUCGUCAGCAGCGGGAGCGAAGCCAUGGAAGCUGCCCUCAAGAUGGCGAGACAGUAUCACCUUGAGAAAUCCGAUCCAGAGCCGGAACGAUCGCACUUCAUCUCACGGCAUCAGAGCUAUCAUGGCACAACACUGGGCGCAUUGGCCGCAGGUGGUCACGCUGCACGCCGGGCAUUGUUCGAACCUAUGCUAGCUACUAAUUCAUCCCGGGUAUCACCUUGCUACGCAUACCGGGACAUGGAUCCUACCGCCGACACCGAAGCCGAUUAUGUUCAACGAUUAGAAGCCGAACUCGAUGCCGAAUUCCAAAGAAUUGGUCCGAACAAAGUCGCGGCCUUCGUCGCCGAGCCUGUUGUUGGGGCUGCGUUAGGCUGCGUGCCUCCUGCAGCAGGCUAUUUCAAGGCUGUCCGACGAUUGUGUGACAAGUAUGGAGCACUACUCAUUCUCGACGAGGUCAUGUGCGGUGCUGGACGCGUUGGACCUGAACCGACUACCCGGUAUCCUCGACCCCUGCACGCAUGGCAGGAUCCUCUCAUCGAUGUGAUCCCGGAUCUCCAAACACUUGGAAAAGGACUGGGAGGAGGGUACAUGCCCGUCGCAGCUAUGCUCGCGAGCAAGCGUGUCGUGCAAGUGCUCGAACACGGAACGGGUGCCUUCAUGCACGGGCAGACGUACCAGGGUCACCCGCUCGCUUGCAGAGCUGCACUGGAAGUACAGAGGAUCAUCCAAGAAGACAACCUCGUUGCCAAUGUCCGAAAACAAGGCGCUCUCCUCGGCAGGCUACUCAAUGAACGAUUGGGCUCUCAUGCUGCCGUAGGAGACAUUCGAGGCAAAGGACUCUUCUGGGGGAUAGAAUUUGUAAAGUGCCGCAGGACCAAGACACCCUUCGACCCGGAUCUUGGUAUAGCGAUGGGAUUGCAUGAACUCGGUAUGCAAAAGCCGUUCAACAUCAGUUUGUAUCCAGGUACAGGGAGCGCCGACGGCCGCCGUGGCGAUCAUAUUCUGCUCGCGCCUGCAUACAACGUGACGGACGAUGAGAUUCGACAUAUUGUUGAAAUCGUUACGGCGAUUGUGACGAAAUACUUCAAGACAGCGACCCUCAAAGGAAGUGACGAGGCCAUUUCUAAGGCGACGAGAAUGUUGCCAACCAGCACUGGUAUCAGCGAAGUAAAUGGGAGUGGUGCUGGCUUGACUACAUUAAUGACGGAGUAAUUUACCCCUCACGAACACGAGCGGGACUAUAAGGAAAGAACGGAGUACUGGAUUUUGCAUACAUUGGCGUAUUUGGAACGGCUCCCGAGCUCUAUCUCCCAGCUUUAAUUGGUGCUUUAAUCAAGUGGAGGCUGAGGGAGGGGCCGGCAUAUGAGCAUGAGACACGGCAAUAACCACGAGGUGACGCGGAAGGGCGGCUACAAUUUCACUCGGAUCAAAUAAGCUUCGAAGCUGAACUUCACCC